CACGGGGCCCCGGCACCCCCCAACCCACUGUCUGCCGGCCGCGCCGUGUCCCCUGACCCCCCUCCCGGGUCUGCCAGAGACUCGACAGCACCGAGUGCCAGGUCCGAGCUGGGUGGCCCCAGCAUCUCUGCCUUCGGCUGCUUGAGACAAGUUCAGGCAGGUGUGCUGGUCCUGGAGCCUCCACGCUUUGUAAAUGAAGCCGCUCGCAAGAACCUCACUGGGAGAGAGGGAAGAGGAGGUGCAGGGACUUGCCCAUGGGCGCCGACGGCGGCAGAGGCAGAGGAUGAGCUGCCAACCCAGCCCCUCGCCUCAGAGGGAGCAGCAGGCAGAGCUGGCCGGGCUCCCCGCAUCUCUGGAUGAAGGGAGGAUGAGCAGUCCCCAGAGGCACCCAGAUGGGGUUUUGGCCGGGAGCGAGCAGAGCAUGGGGCGUGUCAGCGAGGUGCCAGGCACCGACAGGCAGGAGCUGGCCGUGUGCACCAGGGACAGCGAUGGGACCGAGGAAGAUGCAGAAACCCCGGAGGAGCCAUUGCUGAGUUUCCCCAGUGAGCUCUCCAUGCUGGAGAGACUGGGCUUGCACAGAGUGGCUUUGACGGAGCAGGACAUUGAGGCAGCCUUUGCCCACCUCGCCCUGGCUUUUCGCUGUGACAUGUUCACCCUGCGGCAACGGGUGCAGGUGGAGAAACGGGCUCGGGACACGGCAGAGGAAAACAUCCAGGAGGAGCUGGAGCAGUGCCGGGCUGCCCUGGAGAGGCUGGGCCCAUCCUGCACUGAUGCGGGCUGCAAGGAGAUGGUGGAGCAGCUGCAGCGCAGCCUGGCCGUGCUGGCAGCUGCUGUCGAGCGGGCAGCCAGUGCUGCAGAAAAGCUGGGGGCUGUACAUCAGGAGGCCCGGAUGAGCCGAGCAGCGGAGGUGAUGGUCCAGCACGUGGAGAACCUGAAGCGGCACCACAUGCGGGAGCACGCGGAGCUGGAAGAGAUGAAGCGCCUAAUCCAGCAAAACUCCCGCAACCGGCAGCUGGCAGAGACCCAGGAUGACACAGAGCCACGGCUGAGGCCUCACCCGUUGAUGCGAACUUUUCAGCAGGGGUCUGCCCGCCGCAGAGUCAGCAUCGCCGUCAUCCCCAAGCAGCUCUUGGUCCCCAGUGAUGCUCCCACCUUCGGUGCCCAGCCAGGUGCCAGCCCUGACAGCCGAGCAGCCCCAGCUGGUGAGCUGGAGACGGAGGGGGCCCAGCGCCUGCCUAGCACCCAGAGGAGUGAGCUGGAGCCACAGGGCCAGAGCAGCGCCGUGACCGGGGAGCCAGCGGCCAAGGUGGAUGGCAGAGGCUCAAGUGCAGGGGAUGAGGAGCUGGAGCAGCUUGGGCUGACGUCCAAGGGGUCCCUGGCAGAGCUGUGGCGGCCGUGGCUCUUCCUCCCGCAGCACUACUGGGUUUUCUUCUGGCUGCUUCUCCUGAGCAUUGGCUUCCUCCUCCUCAUCCGCGUCCUGGAGCUACAGCGGCUGCAGCCUGCGGCAUCACCCAAGGCCUAGCUGGAGCAGGCAGGGGGAGGCAGCUGGGAGGCACCCACUCUCCAUCACUGCUCCUUCCCCACACCAUAAACCACCAAAACCCUAGACUAAUAAAAUUGCAGGAAAAA